AAUUACUUCAUUUUUUGGAAUUGUGUAAUAUGGCUUCAUCCGACACCGAGGACAACAUUUCAGUAGCAGAUUUCUAUGAAGGAAAAUCAGUUUUUAUUACCGGCGCUACAGGAUUUAUCGGCAAAGUAUUGGUUGAAAAGUUACUCUGGUCAUGUCCAGGAAUAGAAAAGAUUUUUCUAUUGAUACGAAGCAAGAAAAAUGAAGAUGAAGAAAGUCGCCUAGCAAACGUUCUAGGUACUCCGGUCUUCGAUCGCUUACGAUAUUAUCGACCUAAUGAUCUGAAGAAGAUUUUUGUAAUAUCUGGAGACUUAUCAAAACCAUGUUUAGGCAUCAAUCCGAAAGACCAAGACAUAUUAAUUAGAACAGCUUCUGUAGUAUUCCAUGUUGCAGCAACAGUACGAUUUAACGAACCGCUGAAAGCGGCAGUAACGAUAAACACUACCGCUACAAAGCAUCUUGCCGAAUUAUGCUCAUUGAUGCCAAAUAUCAAGGCAUUUGUCUAUAUGUCAACUGCUUAUUGCAACUGCGAUCGCCAGGAAGUGGAUGAAGAGAUUUAUAAUAACGUUCAUGAUCCAGAAAGUAUUAUUCAACUCGUCACAGCAAUGGAUGACGAUACUAUUGAUGCACUCACUCCAAAGUUAGUGGGUGAACGACCAAACACAUACAGCUACACAAAAGCUUUGGCUGAGAGUUUGCUUCAGAAUUAUCACAAGAAAAUUCCUAUUGCUGUAGUUAGACCAUCUAUAGUUUUAUCAACAAUGGCGGAACCUUUCCCUGGAUGGCUUGAAGGUUGGAAUGGACCCUCUCCUUUCAUAGCAGCUGCAGUCAAAGGGCUUCUUCAUGGAUUGUUAGGAAACCCAAGCGUGGUUGGAGACUUUAUUCCAGCAGACAUAGUAGUAAAUCUCACCAUAUGUGCUGCGUGGCGCACAGCCAUGCAGGGAGGAAUACAAAAAAUUGAAGUGUACAAUUGUUGCACCGGUGAAAGAAAUCCCGUCACAUGGGGAAAUUUUGUAAAAUACUGUUCUGCUGCAGCAAUGAUAAUGCCUCCGGCAGAAAUUAUUACUUAUCCAUUCUUUUCUUUUCAAAGCCAUUCAAGUAUACGCUUCAUCCAGCAGUUAUUUUUGGAGCAAUUACCUGCUUUCUUCGUUGAUUUGAUUUAUCGUCUGCUGGGAAAAAAUGCAGUUAUGUUAAAAAUGCAUGCCCAGUUACUGAAAGCGAAUAAUGCAAUGUCAUUUGCAUUAUUUCGACAAUGGCAAUUUCGAGACAACAACACUCACCAUUUGUUGACUAUCUUGAAGAAAGAAGACCAACAGAUUUUUCCAUUUGAUGUGUGUAACAUAGAUUGGCCAACAUACUUCAAACAUUACUACCAGGGAAUACGACAUUAUCUACUCAAGGAU